AUGGUAUUUCCACCAUUUACUGACUUGAUUGGAGCAUGGAAAUGUGUUGGAAAAAAUAGAAUUGAGCUUCGCGUUGGUGCUUAUAAUCUUCAGCUGCCUGGUAGUAACGUUCCAGCUUCAUUAGCUUUUAGCAAAGAAGAUCAACAUGUUAUUCAUGCUCUAUUUGGUGAUAUAUAUAAAAAUGAUAUUGUUUAUUAUGGAUUUGUUGACCUGGAUAAAUCCAAAUACAAUAUAUUAAGUACAUUAAAUAUCGAUGAUGUUGGAAAUCCUCGAAAAAGAAAAUAUCAAAUUGUACCAUUGACAUAUGAUCCUUCAAAUGAUAUUGUAUUUAUGUCAGCUAUAAAUAAUCAAAACAAAAUAAUAUUAAGUGUAAUUAAUGCUACAAAUGGUAUGCUUUUACACACAUUUAAUUCAAUUCCUAAUGAAAUUAUUUCUCUUCAAUAUGAUAUAUUCAAUAAUAAAUUAUUUGUACAUACUGAAACUAAUGAUGAAAACUUAACACAAAUUGUAGAAAUCGAUACGAAUAAUGGAAAUUUUAAACAAAUUUUAGGACAAAUAUCUGGAGCUAAACCAACUGAUAUAUCAAGUUAUUGUCCAAUUUGUAGAAAAUAUUUUCUCGUUAUGUUUGAAAAUGAUCAUUUUAUGUAUGCUGCUGUUAAUACUAGUGAUGGUGGUGGAAUUAGUUGGAGAGUACCAUUAAAUUUUUCUCCUCUUAAUAUUAGAUUUACUUAUAAAAAAUUUUAA